GCGGCGGCGGCGGCGAAGCGCGGGAGAAACCAGCAGCAGCAGUAGCAGCUCCGCCGCGAGAGCGAGAGGCAGGCGGCGAGGGCGGCAGGCGGCGUGCGCGCGAGCCGUGCUUGCCGGGCUGCCUGCAGAGGAGCGGCGGCGGCGCAACCGGAGCACUCCCCUCCUGGCCGCCGCCACCACCACCAUUAUGUCCCCGCAGCGCGCGGCGGCCGCCUCCCGGGCAAAGGCCGCCGGCGCCGAGGAGGACACGGGAGGAUGAGGACGGGCGGGCGGCGAAGGAGGAGGAGGAGGAGGCGCAGGCGGUGGGAGGCGAGGCAGGGAGGCGGCGGCGGAGACGCGGAGGAUGAAGUGGAGUGUCCGGGGAGCCUGCGCCGCGCUCUCCAGCUGCCUCCUGCUCGCCUGCGCGCUCAGCGCCGCCGCCGUGGGCCUCAAGUGCUUCUCGCUGGGCUCCGAACUCAAGGGGGAGCCCUUCCGCCUCGGCACCGCCGCCGGCGCCUUCUACUCCGGGCUGCUCCUGGCCGCCGGCCUCGCGCUCCUGGGCGCCGCGCUCUUCUGCUGCCGGCAGACCGACCAGGCGGCCCCCGGCGCGGGCGCAGCGCCCCAGGCGGCGGUCGACGCGUCGGGGGUGUCCGUCGGCGGGGACCCCGCCGCUGCUGCUCCGCCGCCGCCGCCGCCGCAGCCCGCCAAGGCGCCCCCGGGCGGGCGGCAGAACUUCCUGCUGCUGGGCGUGCUGGUCUUCAUGCUGGGCGUGCUGAGCGCCUUCGCCGGGGCCGUCAUCGACGGCGACACGGUCUCGCUGGUGGAGAAGAAAUACUCGCACUACUGCCUCCUGCAGGCCGGCGGAGGGGCGCUCGUCGGGGCGCGGCCGGCGGGGGGCCCCGACGGCGCGGCGGGGACGCUGCGCUGCCAGAAGCUGCGGGACUACCAGCGCGGCUUGGUCAUCUCCACCAUCUUCAACGCCCUCGAGUGCCUCCUGGGCCUGCUCAACCUGCUGCUGGUCAAGAACUACAAGGCCGCCCAGCAGCGCGGGCGGCGUCGACGGCGCCGGCGGGGGCACCGGCACCACCUGGCCGGGGGGCGGCGGAGGAUGUGCCGGGGGCCCGGAGGCGGCGGGGGCAGCGGCGGCGGCGGCUCCUCGAGACGGCCGCAGCGCCCGAGCCAGGGCUCCAUCUUCUCCAGCGAGGACCCCGACCUCUCCCCCGGGGGCGAUUGCGGCUUCGCGGUCUCCUACAUCAACGGCGGCGUUUUCCACGUGUUCGACGAGGCGGGCGUGGAGGUGAACUGCGGCGGCCACCCUUCCGUCGAGCUGCCGGGCUACUCGCCCAUGGAUCCCGACCUGGACGCCUCCUACCCCUAUUGCUACCCGCUGCCCAACGAGCAGCCUCCGGCCUACGAGGAGAUCUACCCCAGGGACCCCUAUGCCAACCGGCUCUGAGGGCGGGCCGGACCCCGACGGGGAGCUGCGCUGACAAUCCGCCGCCCAGCCUGGAAGGGACGGGAGGUUUGCGUGGGCGAGGGGGGCCAGAGGCUGCGGCUUCGUGGGCAGGACCGGUGGCACCAGGUGAGGCCGGCA